GUCCGUUUCCACAGUCAGUUACACCCUCCCUUUCCCUCGCUCCCUUUCCCUCGCUUCUUCCUUUCCAUUUCCACUUUCUCUCUCCUCCCUCCCAGGAAUCUGCACAUGCUUCUCACUUUUCGAUCACCACUUUGCUAUCUUCACUCGUUUCUUUUGUCCUCCUCCUCUUCCAUUCUCUCAUUCUUCUUUGUCCACUGCCUUCUAAUUGCUCCGUUUUUAAUCUUUUUCCAAAUUGGAUUUGUCUUCUUUCGGGUCUGUUGAAUUUGUUUUGUUGAUGGUCUAUUCUUUUCUCGCAUGUGCAAUUUCAAUAAUGGGUUCACACAAAUUUUCCCGGUGAAUUCUUCUGCUUUGGCUUUAUGCUCUGUUCUUUGGUUCUGAACCUCCUCGUCCUUGUCGCUCUUCUGGUCUUCCGUGGCCUUCAAAUCUGGGAUUUACGUUCGGGGAUUCUUUCUCGUGCCGCCUGAUUCUAUGCAUUCAAUUCUUUAUAUCGUAAAAUGGCGGAUAGACAUGUGUCUUCUAUCAAGUUUAUGUCUCGGAGGUCAUUGUCCUGUUUCUUUAUAUUGAUCUCAAUCCUCUUCGUUCUUUCUUGGUUCUUGGUUCUGCGUUCCACGGGGCGUACUCAGUUCGCAGGAUUACCCAAUUCGAAGAUUUUUUCCACCGUUGAUGGUUCAGAUUCUACCGCGCAGAUCCAACAUACAGAAUCCUCAUUCGGAAGCCAAACAUGCACCACAACUGAUAAAUCUGUUUUGAAGGUUUUCAUGUAUGAUUUACCUCCACAGUUUCAUUUUGGUCUCUUGGAUUGGAAACCCAACGGAAGUAGCGUUUGGCCUGAUAUCACAGCUCAAAUACCAGAAUAUCCUGGAGGUUUGAAUUUGCAACACAGUAUAGAAUAUUGGCUUACAUUGGAUCUGCUGGCUUCAGAACUACCUAAACCAAGCCAUGGCGGUGCUGCAAUCAGAGUUCAUAACUCUAGUGAAGCGGACAUCAUAUUCGUACCCUUCUUUUCUUCUCUGAGCUACAACCGAUUCGCUAAAACUAAGAAACCCCAAAAAGCGAAAAACAUAAACAAUAUUCUACAGGAUAAGUUGGUGAAGUAUCUGACAGCUCAAAAGGAGUGGAAGAGGUCAGGUGGAAGGGACCACUUGAUUUUGGCACACCAUCCAAAUAGCAUGUUAGAGGCAAGAAAGCAAUUGUGGGCUGCCACUUUGAUACUUGCAGACUUUGGGAGAUAUCCUCCAAACAUAGCCAAUGUUCAGAAAGAUGUGAUUGCACCUUACAAACACUUGGUGGCAUCCUAUGCCGAUGACUCUUCAGAAUUUGACAGCCGUUCAACACUGCUCUACUUCCAAGGAGCAAUAUAUAGAAAAGACGGAGGUCUAGCUCGGCAAGAGCUGUUUUAUCUUCUGAAAGAUGAAAAAGAAGUGCAUUUUUCUUUUGGAAGUGUUCAGAGGGGUGGAAUCCAGAAAGCUACGGAAGGAAUGUAUGCGUCCAAAUUCUGUCUUAACAUUGCUGGUGACACCCCCUCAUCAAACCGCCUAUUUGACGCCAUCGCUGCUCAUUGUGUUCCCGUCAUAAUCAGUGACGAAAUUGAGCUCCCAUAUGAAGAUGUGCUUGACUACUCUGAGUUUUGCAUAUUUGUUCGCACCAGGGAUGCGCUGAGAGAAAAUUUUCUGAUCAACUUCAUUAGAAGUAUUGGGAAACAAGAAUGGACACGAAUGUGGAACAAGUUGAAAGAGGUUGAACAUUUCUUUGAGUAUCAGUUCCCAUCAAGGGAAGGUGAUGCCGUCCAAAUGAUAUGGCAAGCUGUUGAACGUAAGGUCCCUGCUUUGAAGCUCAAGUUACACUGGUCUAAGCGUUUUGCUAGAUCUCCACCUAACACAGAUAAUGGGUUAAAAUCAAUACCUGCACCAAGUAAUUUUUGGUGAAAAAUAUGAAUUUUUUCCCCUUAACUUUGAUUCUGGUAAUCAUAUUUUGUAACGUUGUUAUAAAGAAUAUUUCGAGUUAUGAAAGAUGAUUUAGGCAAUUAGAGUCAAUGAUUUUUUUUUUUUUUUUUUUGGGUUUAUGCAAUGAAUCCUGGAAGGCUCAAACAUACCAUUACGCGGGUUGGAAGAUGGUUAUGUUCUGAUACAUUUG